GUAUGUUGUAUGCAGUUGGUGGCUAUGAUGGUGCAUCGCGUCAGUGCCUUAGUAAAGUAGAAUGCUAUAAUUAUAAUUCAAAUGAGUGGACCUAUGUUGCAGAGAUGAGUACUCGACGUAGUGGAGCUGGUGUUGGGGUUUUAAAUAACUUACUCUAUGCAGUUGGAGGACAUGAUGGUCCUUUAGUUAGAAAAAGUGUUGAAGUUUAUGAUCCUACCAUCAAUCUGUGGAGACAAGUUGCAGAUAUGAACAUGUGUAGGAGAAAUGCAGGAGUUGCUGCUGUGAAUGGACUUUUAUAUGUAAUUGGAGGGGAUGACGGCUCCUGUAACUUGGCCACAGUGGAAUAUUAUAACCCGACAACAGAUAAAUGGACAGUUGGAUCAUCAUGUAUGAGUACAGGAAGAAGUUAUGCAGGUGUGACUGUUAUUGACAAACCAUUGUGAAUUGGUGCAGAUAUUUUUCCUCUUGAUUCUGCACCUAAAAAGCAAGCUUUAACAAGUAGUGUUGAAGUGAUUAAGCAUCCAAGCACUUCUCAACUUGUAGCUGUGCACUGAGACAUGUUGGAAACUGCAAUUAAGGUUUAAAAUGAAGAUUAUUCCAGGUUGAAGCAAAGUGUAGCAUUAUUCCACAGUAGGCUGCAUCUACUGAAGAUGUACAAAACUGUAUGGACCUUAUUUGCUGGAUUUCUAGACAAACCUCAUUUUCUUAAGAGCCAAUCAUGUCUCCCAUAUGG